AUGGGUGAUUACGACUAUCUGAUCAAAUUCUUAGCUUUGGGUGAUUCUGGAGUUGGCAAGACUUCCUUGUUGCAUCGAUAUACGGAUAACACAUUUACCGGUCAAUUCAUAUCAACGGUUGGAAUCGAUUUCAAAGAGAAGAAAGUUGUAUAUAAAAGUGAUCGUGGAGGUUACGGCGGAAGGGGACAGCGUGUUUUAUUACAACUAUGGGAUACAGCUGGACAAGAAAGGUUUCGUAGCCUUACGACAGCGUUUUUUCGUGAUGCAAUGGGUUUCAUACUUAUAUUUGACAUUACAAACGAACAGUCAUUCCUAAAUAUUAGGGAUUGGUUAUCGCAGUUAAAAAUUCAUGCAUAUUGUGAAACACCAGAUAUAAUCAUCUGUGGCAAUAAAUCAGAUUUGGAAAAUCGAAGACAAGUUAGUACGGCACGAGCUAAACAGCUGGCUGAUCAACUGGGACUGCCAUAUUUUGAGACAAGCGCCUAUUCAUCAACAAAUGUGGAAAAAUCGGUAGAUUGCUUACUCGAUUUGGUUAUGCAGCGAAUCCAACAAUCGGUAAAACAUACACGGUUGCCAAUUGGUGAUAGUAAAGGUAUCAUUCUGGACGCCGACACAACUUCCUCAUAUUGUCCCUAUUGCUAA